AAUCACCACUGCCGCCACGACAUUGUACCCGCCCAACCGCCUUCUGGACAGUCCUAGGGCGACUGUUGACUUGUCUUACCACAGUAGACAGUCGGUUUCCCUGGCCAUUGGCCUCAUACCACACAAUGUCGCAAGUCAUAGGCAAGACGCGCCUCGCCUAUGCCCGCUCCUGGCACCACCUCGACAUCGGCAGCGACCCACGCGCCCUCGGCCGCGUCGCCUCGUCCAUAGCCCUCACCCUCAUGGGCAAGCACAAACCAAUCUUCGACCCCUCCACCGACUGCGGCGACUAUGUCGUCGCCACAAACUGCGCCCAGCUCCACACCACCGGCAAAAAGCGCUCCCAGAAACUCUACCGCACACACAACACCCGGCCCGGCUCCUUAAAAGAACUUUCAAUGGACAAGCUCAUGGCGAAAUGGGGCGGCGGAGAGGUGCUGAGGAAGGCCGUCAGUGGCAUGUUGCCGAAGAAUCGCCUGAGGAAGGAGAGACUCGCGCGGUUGAAGACUUUUGAGGGAAGGGCGCAUCCGUAUGGGGAGAACUUGAUCAAGGUGAGGAAUGGAGGCGGGCAGAGUAUAGUGGAGCAUCAGGAUGUUAAGAGGACGUUUGCGCGGGCGAGGGAGACACAGGCUGAUGCGGCGCCGGCUUCAUGACAGUGUCGAGCGAGGGGAGGGGCUGCGGAGAGGGAGGGAGGGGGCAAUUGAGAUUGUAGACUUGUAGCAAAACUUUUAUACAUGACCAUCAUGCGUAUAGACAGUAACAUUUGGAAUCUAGUACCUGUGGAAAAUCGAACAGGCAAACCACAUGAGAUACGCUAUAUUUGACCAUGGG